CUUGGAUCAAGAGGACCUGUGAGCGGGCACACGUGCAAUGUGCCAGCAUGAUGCUGCGUGGAUAGUCGUGGGGGGACACGGCGAGGACCGCAGACACGCGAGCUCACAGACCAGCGGAAUCAGGGUGAUCGCCUCAUGCGGGCACAGCCAAGGUCCGAGCGCAUAGGGGUCUGACAAAAAUGGGCGUGCUCCAGCUCCACAACCCCGCUCACCCCAGCACGCUCCUGCAGCGAGCCAAUCAGAUGCGCCUGACGGGGACCCUGUGCGACGUCAUCAUCACGGUGGACGGCCACGAGUUCCCGGCGCACCGCACCGUCCUGGCGUGCACCAGCAAGAUGUUUGAGAUCCUGUUCCACCGCAGCAGCCUGCGCUACGCCCUGGACUUCCUGUCCCCCAAGACCUUCCAGCAGAUCCUGGAGUACGCCUACACCGCCUCGCUGCAGGCCACCGCCGAGGACCUGGACGACCUGCUGUACGCCGCGGAGAUCCUGGAGAUCGAGUUCCUGGAGGAGCAGUGCCUGAAGGUGCUGGAGACCAUCCAGGCGGAGGAGAGCGACGACACGGUGGUGAGCCACCACGGAGACCGGGCCAGACACUGGAGACACAUGAUGUCCAAGAAGCAUUCCAUCCCGGACGGCUCCGCGUGCACCAACCCCACUGCUCUGCACCACCUGGCGCUCUACCACAUGACGGAGAGGAGUCCGCCGGGGACAGAGUCCACCGCACCUCCUGAGUUGAGCCCCAAGCUGGACAUUGAUAUGGACAUCACCCGCCGGCCUCACCGGGGCAACGCCGAGGCCCCGACCCUUGAACCGGUGCGGGGCAUCAAAUCGGAGAACAUGCAGGUGGACGAGGCGGACUUCUGCGUGGGUGGCUCGUCCGGGGCCGGGGACGGGUGCUCACCGUCCGAUCCAAACAGGGACGAGGGCCCGGGGACGCCGCUGAGAAGCAGCGUGAUCACCAGCACCCGGGAGCUCCACGGCAACCCCGACGACAGCGGCCAAGGGCUGGGGAACUCUCUGGACUUUUUCCCGGGGUUAGUGGAGAAACACCUUGGCUCGCUGUACUCGGUUACUGCCGCCCGGACAGGGGAGGCCAUGACGCCCCUUUCCGUGCCCUCGUCCCUGGGCGUGCCGCUGGACCCGAGGGCCUACGGCGGCCUGCUGCACCAGGGCCUGCUGCACAGGGAGCUCCUCAGCAGGCUGGGACAGUUUGCGGCGGGCAUGCGGCACGAGGGGUCCGCUCAGGGGCCGCAGUGUUGUGGCGAGUGCGGACUGCAGCUGCACAGCAGGCAGGCUUUGGAGCAGCACAGGAGGCUGCAUGACGACGAGAAGGGCCACGGCUGCGAAUACUGUGGCAAACACUUCCAGGACAGCAUGAGGCUCCGGAUGCACAUGUUGUCUCACACAGCUCCUGCAGAGGCGCUGGUGUGUGAUCAGUGUGGAGCGACCUUCUCCUCAGAGGAGGCUCUGGAUGCCCACAGGCUAACGCACACAGGGACCGACAUGGCGGUGUUCUGUCUGCUGUGUGCAAAGCGCUUCCAGACCCAAAAGGCCCUGCAGCAGCACAUGGAGGUCCACGCCGGCAUGCACAGCUACAUCUGUAGCCACUGCGAGCGCCCCUUCCCCAGCCACACCACCCUCAAAAGACACCUGCGCUCGCACUCGGGCGAUCACCCGUUCGAGUGCGAGUACUGUGGGAGCUGCUUCCGAGACGAUGGCACCCUGAGGGGCCACAAACGCAUCCACACGGGAGAGAAGCCUUACGAGUGCAACAGCUGCGGGAAACGCUUCAGCCUCAAACACCAGCUAGAGACACACUACCGUGUACACACAGGUGAGAAGCCAUUUGAGUGUAAGCUGUGUCACCAACGGUCCAGGGACUACUCGGCUAUGAUCAAGCACCUGCGCACUCACAACGGAGCGUCUCCGUACCAGUGCACCAUCUGCCAGGACUUCUGCCCGAGCCUGGCCGCCAUGCAGAAGCACAUGAAGGGCCACAAACCCGAGGAGGUCCCGGCCGACUGGCGGAUAGAAAAGACUUAUCUGUACGUCUGUUACGUCUGAGCAGGUCUUGGACCCCAGUGCACAGACAAAAACAAAGCUUACACACACACGCACAUGCACGCACUCAAGGGUGAAAACCUUUGCCGAGACCCUUGCUGUGUCAAUAUGGAAGAAAAAAUAAUAAUGCAAAAGUAGAAAGAGCCAACAUGCGAGGAGUGAAACAAAUAACUUCCUUUGAUUUGUGCCAUUUAUGAUGACUACUAAGGGUGUAACGGUACGUGUAUUUGUAUUGAACCGUUUCGGUACGGGGGUUCCGGUUCGGUUCGGAGGUGUACCGAACGAGUUUCCACACGGACAUAUUAAGUAGCGUAACGCACGUUGUGUAAACAAUGCACACCGAGGCUACGAUAGACUGACCAUACGUCCUCUUUUGCGGAGCUGUCAGGGCGGAGUUUCUUAAAUGCCUCAAAUGUCCGGCAUUUUGAGUUAGGGUUGCGUGUAUUUUCUAUGUACAAUCAGGGUUAAGAAGGGGUUAAAAACAAAACAAAUUGUGUGUGUAGCAGCAUUGGUGAGGGAGGGGCAGAGACAGAGAGAGAGCUAGAGAGUUAUGAUAAACGCGCAUGCGUCGCCAGGCUCUGCUUUUUAUCCAUAGAUUUAUCAGAUUUAAUUUUUUAUUAUCUAUAGCAGGGGUGUCAAAAGUGUGCCCAUUUAAGGCCCACAGCUAAUGUUAUAAAGGCCCAUGGCACAUUCUAAAAAUACUAUUAAAAUAAACAAAAACAUAACAAAAGUGAAAUAAAAAAGCUUAAAGGUUAAAUGUAAUUUAGAAAAAGUUGCAAUGUUGACUAAUAAAACAAAGCUGUUUUUUUUUUUUCUUUCAAACUGUCAUUGCUCAAAACAUAAUAUUGAAUCAAAAUGUUAUUAUGAAUUAUUGACCUAUCCAAGGUUCCCAUUACUUCACAUCAAAUAUUCCACUAGUCCAGGGGUCGGCAACCCAAAAUGUUGAAAGAGCCAUAUUGGACCAAAAAUACAAAAAAAAAAAAUCUGUCUGGAGCCGCAAAAAAUUAAAAGCCAUAUUACAUACAGAUAGUGUGUCAUGAGAUAUAAAUUGAAUUAAGAUGACUUAAAGGAAACUAAAUGAGCUCAAAUAUAGCUACAAAUGAGGCAUUAUGAUGCAAUAUGUACAUAUAGCUAGCCUAAAUAGCAUGUUAGCAUCGAUUAGCUCGCAGUCAUGCAGUGACCAAAUAUGUCUGAUUAGCACUCCACACAAGUCAAUAACAUCAACAAAACUCACCUUUCACGCACAACGUUAAAAAGUUUGGUGGACAAAAUGAGACAGAAAAAGAAGUGGCAUAAAACACGUUCUAGAAAGUCGGAGAAAGUUAUACAUGUAAACAAACUACGGUGAGUUCAAAGACCGCCAAAAUUAGUAGGACAAAUCGGCGCUCGCCAAAUACUCGAAUCAGUGAAGCAUGUUUAAUAUAAACAGUGUGCUUUGUAACAAUUAGGGAGGUUUGUGUCAUGUUUGUCGUCCUACAGAAACCAUAUUAAAACAAAAAUAGAUUUUUUUUAAUUUUUUUUUCCAUUUUUCAUAAAAUUUUUAAAAAAGCUCCAGAGAGCCACUAGGGCGGCGCUAAAGAGCCGCAUGCGGCUCUAGAGCCGCGGGUUGCCGACCCCUGCACUAAGAAAAAUAUUUUUGGUGGAAGAUUUUGCAAAUUUCGGUAAAUAAAUAACCCAAAAAUUUAUAUUUUGUUGUUUUCUUACUGUACCGAAAAUGAACCGAACCGUGACUUCUAAACCGAGGUACUUACCGAACCGAAAUUUGUGCGUACCGUUACACCCCUAAUGACUACAUUAGGCUUUAGAAAACCAGCCCAAUAAUAUUUGCUAAAACAUUUUUUUUUUUUUAAAUGGUUGUUACAGGCAACUUGACAUUUCUCAAGGGCGGUAAUAGGAAUUGGAAGUUAUAUUCCAUUUCCUUAUUUUGGAAUUCCUCACAAAAGUAGCGACUAAUUGAGGAUGAAAGUGUUCGUAGUCAGGUCGAUUGCUGCUAAAAAAAAAAAAGAAAAUAUCAGCAAGGAUUGCCAUAUUGUGUGCUAAUGUGAGUGAGCUUGGAAUGUAGUAAAAAGAGUUAGUCUGCGGUUGUUGGACUCUUAGAAGGUUAGCUAAAAUGACUCAGCUGAUAAUCGUGUCUGUGAUGGAUUUGUCGGGCUCGUUGACUGAAUGGUGAUAGCGGAGUCAUCCUGAUUGUGCCGUAAAACGUUAAAAAGCAAUUCCUCGAAGGCUUGAUUGGCCGGACAAUUUCUACCCUAAUUUGUUUUGUUUUUUCUCUCUUGUUUUUCCUGCUGUUUCUUGAAUUUGGAGUUAUGUUCAUGUGCACGUUUUACUUGAACGGCUGCCACGUUUUGACCUCAUAAGCGUGAUCUCUUUAAUCAUCUCUUUUGCGGUGGGGUGUCACUGGUUCCGAGGUAGCAGGCUUCUAUUUUCAGUGUUGAUUUUUUUUCUUCGCUAUUUAUACCUUGUUUGUUACCAAAUAUGUGCUGAUUAUCACCACACAGCCCGGCGGCUUCACCGGAUAGUUUCAACACUGCAAAAACUGAAAUCUAAGUAAGAUGAAAUAUCUCAAAUAAGGGUGAUAUUUGCUUAUUUUCUGUCUGAUAAGAUAAUUCUUCUCACUAAGCAAAUUUUAUGUUAGAGUGUUUUACUUGUUUUAAGGGUUUUGGUCCUAAAUUAUCUCAGUAACAUAUUACAGCUUGUUGCUGAGAUUUGAUGACCUACAGGGUGACACAAAAAAAACGUUCAUCAAUAAAAAUCAAAUAACUUCCAAAAAACACAAAAAAUAACACCAAAAAAGGUGUGUGAUGUUGACAUUAAAGAAGCGGUGGCUACCGAACCUGCUCUAAUGUCUUCCGUUUAUUAUUUUAUUAGAUAAGUACACUUUAUAGGCGAACCCAGGACACUCGGCUACACUGCUAAUAUGUAGCAUCAUUUGAAAAG